AUGUUUUCAGAGAGCCCCAUUGGCGGGAAUAAUCCGGCUUUGAGAUCGCGGCUGCUUCGUGCCGCUCCGCGCAUUACGACACCGGCUUCACGACUCUAUCACGACCUUCACGACAGCACAACAACACAACAGCACAACAACAGCACCUCUAGCUGCCCCAGCACCACCAGCACUACCAGUCAAGUUCAUCACUUCCACCUACGGCUGAUCGAUAUGAGCCCAGCUAUCGCCAUCCACCAAUGGCUCGAAGGCUUCGCUACGAUCAGCUCCUCCAUUGAAACGCUCUCUCGCAUCAGCUCCACCAAGGCCGUCUACUCUAGUAACAGCCAGAUCAUUCUCUCCGCUACGAGUUACGCCAUUGACUAGUAACUAAUUAGAUCGGUUGAGUGCCUCUACAAUCUUGGCUACCUGCUCUUUACCCAGAGACUAUAUAUUAUUAGAGAGGCCUAUCUUUGUCGAUCUCUCGACUCGAGAUAGGUUGUGUUCGGCAAUGCCCUAAUCUGCCAGCCUGGCAGCAUGACCCUCACUAUCAAACUGCCUAGCUCAAAGCAAACAAAAGGAAACACUAUCUCUCGCAAUGCCAACCCUCACUUCUUGCUAAAAGGAUACUUGUAGUUCUUGGCAUAGAAGGUGCGGGUGUUGGACAGGUACUGCUAAUCAAACUGAUUAGCAACACGGCGAAUAGUAGCACGCAUCUGCUCGCGGUACUGAAGCAAAAGCAGAACACCGCCAUACCCGAAGAGAGUGAACUGAAGCAACACUAGAGGCAGAAAAGCAAAAGCAGAACACCGCCAUACCCGAAGAGAGGGAACUGAAGCAACACCAGAGGCAGAAAAGCAAAAGCAGAACACCGCCAUACCCGAAGAGAGGGAACUGAAGCAACACCAGAGGCAG